CAAUACAGUGACAGCUACAUUGUGCGCGUCAAAGCGGUGGUCAUGACCCGGGACGACUCGAGUGGCGGCUGGCUGGCCCAGGACGGUGGAUGCCUCAGCCGUGUGGGCGUGUGCAAGGUGCUGUCGGCCGAGCUGCUGGGUCGAAGCAGCUUCCUCAUCCACGGCGAGCGCCUCAAAGACAAACAGGUAAAGCCUUUGCUAGUGCUCAGACCCAAAUCCUGACUUGUUACAGUAACAAUUAUCUCACUAGCUUCCAAAGUAAGAAGUGUCGUUGGUAACGCGGGAUCAAAUCCCGUCCAGGGCAGAUGAGGGUCGAUUCUGUCACACACAUUUAGAAUGUAUUGACAAAUCCUUAAUUGUCACCAAUGAACGUUUUUCGGGAAUGUUCAUGUCACACAUGUGUGUUUGUCAGAUAUCGGACCUCUGCUUUUUUUCCUCUGUUGCUCUUUCUGUUCCUUUAUAGAUUAUUCAGGUAGUAGAAUCAGUGUGGGCUUGCGUAAAGAGGAUUGCACUUUUAGCCUACUUUGUUUGGAGCAUGGUUUAGUUUAUAGUCCAUUCAAAACGUGUGCCUCCUCCCAGGUGAUUCUGGAAUGCUUCCUGAAGAAGGAUCUGGAGUACACCAAGGCCACGCCCACAUUUCACCACUGGAAAGUGGACAACAAGAAGUGUGGCUUGACGUUCCAGAGCCCUGCCGAUGCGCGCGCCUUUGACCGUGGGGUCAGGAAAGCCAUGGAGGACCUGACGGAAGGUACGGGAGGGGAAGGCGAAGACUAUGAGGGCUGUAUCGCAAUGCUCUUGAAUGGUAUACAUCCCUUUCCUUUAUAGCCACUGUUAGGUGAAAGAGGUGGAUAGGUAACCAUGUUGGUUUAACUUAUCAAAUGCGUUCAGAUCAUCAUAGUAAGAAAAGGAAGAUGUUUGAUGCUAUGGGGAUGUGGAAGUCCAGCUGAAGUGGUUCAGCCUCCAGGUUACUCACUAUUGGCUUAUUCUGCCAUCUUUGUUUUCCAGGAUCUACCACCUCUUCUUCGACCAUCCAGAACGAGGCCGAGUUGGGUGACGACGAUGUUUUCACCGUGAGUCCCUCCCCUUGUUCCUCUAUUGUAGUUUCAAACACCAGCAAGUUCAGGGACAUUAUAAAACACUUGAGAGAAUCCAAGUUUGUCUGUUUUGGUUAGGGUCAGGUUUAUAGUCCCACCCAAAACUCUGGGCUUCAUGUCAAUAGAGACGCUAUGUUUCCCAUCUAUGGUCAUGGCUGUCCACUUGCAUGUUGGACUCCAUAUUGUUUCCGUCUGCAAGAUCACCUCUAGUCUGUGCUUGGUCAGGCUUCUCUCUCGACUUCACUUAUAGUCCUUUUUCUUUUUUGAAGCGCGUGUGAAGGUUUCCCCCAAAAGCAGGGAAGGAAGUUAUUUUUGUUUUGCCCAUUUCGGGAAGAGAUGGCCCUUUGUUUUUGAGCAGGAGAUGGCUGGUGUGAUAGUAACAGGCGGCUGGUAGGGGGGGAUGAGGGAGGGAAGGAGGAGGAAGAGAGAGGAGGGGUAGGUAUCCUGUAGUGUUUUGACCAGACUCCUCCGCCGUUUGGCAUUUGGUUUGUCGCCGUCACAGGAGAUGAGGAGCAGCAGGCGGGGGUCGCGAGGUCUCUUCCUGCACCCCCCCACCCACUCCUCUAAAACUAUCAUUAGCAGCUGCUUCCUAGCAAACUGCCUCUGUGAUUUAACACCAUGGGAAGGGAGGGGGGAAGGAGGGGAGGACUGAGAGAAGGGAACGCCUUGUGUUGCCUCUCUCUCUUUCCUCAUGUUGAACAGUCUGGAGAGAGCUGGGGGUUUUUGGGCCGGCCCUCUUGGAAGAGGGAGUUGCUGUGCGUGUGCACACUGAUGCUUCCUUCAGCUGGGUUUUGACUUGCCUCCAUUGUGGAUUUCUGCAGAUGGAUGUUUUUGUUAGCCAGCAAUUGUGGAUGUUCAAAGAGCACGUUUCGAAGCAAACGUUUAAAUACCUUCAUUGAUAAUGCUCGAGAUGAUUAAACAUGCUAAUUUACUUGAGUGCAGAAGCUGUGAAAGGGCAUGUGGCUAGCAUAGUUCAGUUUCUCAAGCUACCUGCUUUGACACAUUAGACAAGAUGGGCCACUUCCAUCUCGUAAAGAACAAGAAGGCCCGCACACUCUUUAAGCUCCCAAUUCACCGCUUUAUUGACAACGUUUCCAUCCCAAACGGAUCUUCGUCAGAACAAACAGACGGAGUGCUCACUUUCCAAAAUAUACACAUUUCACGUCACAUGACCAUUACGCACAUGAUGCAUGGUGGGUAUGGAAACAAUUCAAUUAACUUUUGUGCACAAAUAAUUAAUCACAGAGAUACAUAUGGUCAUAAAGGAUUAUAUACAUACAAAUGAGUUCAAGUUAAAACCUAGGCAACCGUAAAAAAAUAUUUUUGAAUACCUGCCCAUAUGACCAUUACGCGCAAGAGGCGUGGUGGCCGUAGAUAUAAUUCCAGUGACCUAUUUCAAAAACAACUUGUGUAUCUCUAAUAAUUUGAUAUCAAUGAGAUGGGCACAUGAAGUAGGUACAGAAUCUAAUAUAUACAGUGCAUUCAGAAAGUAUUCAGACCCCUUGAGUUUUUCCACAUUUUGUUACGUUACAGCCUUAUUCUAAAAUUGAUUAAAUAGUUUUUUCCCCCUUCUCAAUCUACACACAAUACCCCAUAAUGACAAAGCAAAAACAGGUUUUUAGAAAAUUAUGCUAACUUAUUAAAAAACUGAUAUCACAUUUACAUAAGUAUUCAGACCCUUUACUCAGUACUUUGUUGAAGCACCUUUUGCAGCAAUUACAGCCUCGAGUCUUCUUGAGUAUGACGCUACAAGCUUGGCACACCUGUAUUUGAGGAGUUUCUCCCAAUCAUCUCUGCAGAUCCUUUCAAGCACUGUCAGGUUGGAUGGGAAGCGUCUCUGCACAGCCAUUUUCAGGUCUCUCCAUAGAUGUUUGAUCGGGUUCAAGUCCGGGCUCUGGCUGGGCCACUCAAGGACAUUCAGAGACUUGUCCCAAAGCAACUCCUGCAUGGUCUUGGCUGUGUUCUUAGGGUCAUUGUCCUGUUGGAAGGUGAACCUUCGCCCCAGUCUGAGGUCCUGAGCGCUUUGGAGCAGGUUUUCAUUAAGGAUCUCUCUGUACUUUGCUCCAUUCAUCUUUCCCUCGACCCUGACUAGUCUCCCAUCCCCUGCCGCUGAAAAACAUCCCCACAGCAUGAUGCUGCCACCACCAUGCUUCACUGUAGGGAUGGUGCCAGGUUUCCUCCAGACGUGACGCUUGGCAUUCCGGCCAAAGAGUUCAAUCAUGGUUUCAUCAGACCAGAGAAUCUUGUUUCUCAUGGUCUGAGAGUCCUUUAGGUGCCUUUUGGCAAACUAAAGCAGGCUGUCAUGUGCCUUUUACUGAGGAGUGGCUUCCUUCUGGCCACUCUACCAUAAAGGCCUGAUUGAUGGUGUGCUGCAGAGAUGGUUGUCCUUCUGGAAGGUUCUUCCAUCUCCACAGAGAAACUCUGGAGCUCUGUCAGAGUGACCAUCAGGUUCAUGGUCACCUCCCUGACCAAGGCCCUACUCCCUGAUUGCUCAGUUUGGCCGGGCGGCCAGCUCUAGGAAGUGUCUUGGUGGUUCCAAACUUCUUCAAUUUAGGAAUGAUGGAGGCCACUGUGUUCUUGGACCUUCAAUGCUGCUGACAUUUUUUGGGAACCUUCCCCAGAUCUGUGCCUCGACACAAUCCUGUCUUGGCGCUCUACGGACAAUUCCUUCGACCUCAUGGCUUGGUUUUUGCUCUGACAUGCACUGUCAACUGUGGGACCUGUGUGCCUUUCCAAAUCAUGUCCAAUCAAUUGAAUUUACCACAGGUGGACUCCAAUCAAGUUGCAGAAACAUCUCAAGGAUGAUCAAUGGAAACAGGAUGCACCGGAGCUCAAUUUCAAGUAUCAUAGCAAAGGGUCUGAAUACUUAUGUAAAUAAGGUAUUCUGUUUAUUUUUGAUUUUUAAAUUGGCCCCCAAAAAAGUAUCCUGUUUUCGCUUCAUCAUUGAGGUAAUGUGCGUAGAUUGACAUGGACAUUUUUUAUUUAAUCAAUUUUAGAAUAAGGCUGUAACGUAACAAAAUAUGGAAAAAGGGAAGGGGUCUGAACUUUCCAAAUGCACUGUAUGUACAAAAUGACCAAGUAGGACAAGUAAGACAAAUCAAAGUGACAUUCAUGUAAGUAAUGGUCUGAUAUCAAACUCUUGGUUCAGACCUUUAGGAGAAAUGGUGCACAAACGGUGAAUCCAAUACAAUUCUCUUCUCAAUAAUAGAUUAUCAGUAUCUCCUCCCCUCCUAGGUGUCUUAACAUGUUCGAUACCAAUGUAUCUCAGAGAGCUAAUGUUGUGACUUCCAUCUCUUGCCUGGAGAAAAGCCUGUAUGUCCAUUUGGCACACUCACACCACCAUACUUGCAAUCACAAACACAUACAUACACAAGGUGCAAACACAUAUGGCUAGACACUAAACAGGCUUACACAAACAGAAGAAAUUGGAACUAGUGGUCAAUUGCCUAUUUCCUUCCCUGUUAAGGUCUUGGCACAGGAAACCCUUAACCUGAAAUAGUUUUAUAAACCCACCAAGAGACAAAUAUAACCCCCCAGAGCUAGGGAUGGGCAUCUUUAACGAGAUAUAUUUCCCCACAAAUACUGUAAAACUAUUUAGUUUACUUGUCAAAAUUAAAAACGUGUUAUAUUGAGAGAGUGGGGUUAUGCUUGUCAAGCACAAAUAAACGUUCUCUGAGGGGGACAAGCAGCAGCAAUCUCACAUAUUUUGCCACUGCAAAGCGAGCAGGGAACACAGCUCAUCACGUCAAUGAUAACGCAAGAUAUGUUACCUCUCAGCUUUGUGGAGGGAGAAGGCUUCCUUCGCCUAAUGGCAUUUGUGGAGCCAGAGUACAAGGUGCCAUCGCGAAAAACUAUAACUGCGAGUAGAGAAUUGGUAUGACUGAGUGCAUUCGGAAAGUAUUCAGACCCCUUCCCAUUUUCCACUGUUACGUAACAGCCUUAUUCUAAAAUUGAUUAAAUUUAUAUUUUUCCUCAUCAAUCUACACACAAUACCCCAUAAUGACAAAGUAAAAACAGGUUUUUAGAAAUGUUUGCUAAUUUAUUACAGAUAAAAAAACAGAAACACCUUAUUUACAGAAGUAUUCAGACCCUUUGCUAUGAGACUCAAAAUUGAGCUCAGGUGCAUCCUGUUUCCAUUGAUCAUCCUUGAGAAGUUUCUAUAACUUGAUUGGAGUCCACCUGUGGCAAAUUCAAUUGAUUGGACAUGAUUUGUAAAAGGCACACACCUGUCUAUAUAAGGUCCCACAGUUGACAAAGCAAAAACCAAGCCAUGAGGUCAAAGGAAUUGUCUGUAGAGCUCCGAGACAGGAUUGUGUCGAGGCACAGAUCUGGGGAAGGGUACCAAAAAAUGUCUGCAGCAUUGAAGGUCCACAAGAACACAGUGGCCUCCAUCAUUCUUAAAUGGAAGAAGUGUGUAGAUUGUUGAGGGAAAAAAGUAAUUGAAUCAAUUUUAGAAUAAGGCUGUAACGUAACAAAAUGUGGAAAAGGUGAAGGGGUCUGAAUCCUUUCUGAAUGCACAUUUUUUUCUUCUCCAGUGCAGGCCUUGUGUUCUAAAAAUAGAUUUUUAUUUCCAUACGAGUACUCGAAAAGAAAUCAUGCGAGUACUCGAACAGUCAAAACGUUUCAAAUACCCAUCCCUACCCAGAGCUAGCUAGAAUGUGGCCACCUCCGGCAGUUCACCAGAUCAUUUCCCUGAAUGCCAGUUCCGUUCCUGGCAUGGAUAACACGGAAACCUCAUACAACAAGGCAUCAAAAGCAUCGGUCCAGUAAGGCAUACAUACACUCGUGCACAGCUAUAACUGCAGUGUGUGUUGCUGUUAUAUCACAGGGUUUUGAAUAGGCCUAAUUUCCAGGGAGGAGAGAGCGAGGGAUAUGUACAUGAGUCAUAGUGGUGCAUUUGCAGUGGAGGCCUCUGCCUGGCAGCCUCCAUCCCAACUGCUGCUGCUGCCUGACCCACUGUACUUUACCCAGCCUACACACAGUUAGCGAUCCUAGAGGACAUGCUAACCCUUUACUACCACUGUACUCUGCCUACACACUGUUAGCUAGCCUAGCGGACAUGCUAAUAUGUUACUUAUUUAUCUAGCAGAUACGCUAACUCUUACAGGGACACUGCGAGAUUUAGGUUGGUUUUAACACUAUAUCCAUGGAGCUUUUAAACUACGGUGCACAACAUGGUUCAAUGUGCCAAUAAAUCAGCACUGUCAACUUUUUCAGUUUGACAUAUUGCCAGCGUCUUGGAGCUUAAAUUGGGAUCUGUAUACUGUGCUUAUGAUGAUACAAAAAAAAGAGUAGGCCUAACAGAGAGCGAACUUGGUGAACAAGGCAUUUGUGGUAAGUGCAUGGAUCUAUAUACAUCUUCGCCGUUCCUGGAAGUCUCCCAGUACAGUAGGCAGCUCCUCUCAAAAGCAUGGAAAUAGACGCUAUAACUAAACCAAAUGCUGGGUGGUUGGUAAUUUAGUCUUACAAAAAGCUAUACAUAGUAAAUGAUAUUGUAUAAAUUCGUUAAUUUUACUGAAAAUCAUAAACGAGAUUCUAUCCUCUUCCUCAUUCUCUGUCCCGUUGUUGGAUAGAGAUCAGAACAUUGUAUCUUUACCAUUAUGGUGUCUGUGAGCGCCAUUGAGACAGAUAAAACGUUGCGAUCUCUAAAUCUGUGACAACGGGAAAGAGAAUGAUGUGGAUAGAAAAUCAGUCAAAUUAACACAUUUACUAUGUAUAGCUUUGUAAGACACUAAGCUUUGGAGUAGUUGGAAGGUCUAUUUCCCUGCUUUUGAGAGGUGCUGGCUACUGUACUGGGAGGCUUCCAGAAAUUGUGUUAAGCUAACGAUAUACUAACUUUAAUCAUCUCCAAACUGCACGCAGAGACAUAAAAAUGGUUUUCAAUGGGUUCGUCUGACUCUGGGUAAGUAGAAAAACGACCUAAAAUCUAGAAAUCUGUGUCCCUUUAAGCUAGCAGACAUGCUAACACAUAACAAGACACGCUAAAACGUGAUGCUGACAAGACUACCAAGCUCAAGAGAAAAGACGCUACUAAAGAACACGACUAGGAAAUGGUAAAGUACUACACUACUACUAAAAGAAACUGAGAUGGGCCUUCACUGCUACACAAUUUUAUCCACUCUCAACGUUAAUAAUAGCAACCUCUGUUGAUGAUACUAGGCUAGUGAAUCCGUCCAUUGUAACUCAUUUGCUUUCCUCUUGUCUGGCGUACCUAGCCUUUAUCCUAAAUCUGAUAGUGAUGGGAAGUCCAGGUCCUUGCUUCCCCUCUUUCUCUUCUUUUUGUUUCUCCGUCUCCCUUCCGAUGGCAUCAAAGAGGAAAAGGGCCUAGCGUGUCAUUACCACAGGAUGUCUAGUCAGGGGGAAGAGGGCCCGUCAGUAAUCCGUCACUGCCUCCCUGUUUACAUAGCUGGCCCUACUUAGAAAAAGAAGGUCCGCUCAAGGGAACGCUUCAAUUCGCCUCGGUUGCAGAUUCCCCCCCCCCCCCCCCCCCCCUUUUUGUAAAAUUAUUUUUGAAUCUAGCCACAUUCCCCUGUGGCCCAGAGAGCUAGCCUGAAGGAGGGGGAAGGUCACAUUGUAUUAGAUAGGAUCUGUCUUUUUCUAAAAGCCUGAGGGAACUGAAGUCCCGGCACAGAUGGAGGAGAGAGGACAAUGACGAAUGACCUUUACCCCCGUCUCUCAACCCCCCCCCCCCACCACCCCAAAGGCGCUAGAACAAUAUUAGUCAAGAGUAAAUAAGACACUCCCUGGGAUGAUGCAAUACUUCCUCCUCUUUUUGGAAGGUCCGGUGUGACUGGUGAGAUUUGGACAGACUGUUGGAAUGUCUCCCUUUUGGGGCUUGCGGGGGGGACGUUUAACAAGGGUGCGGGAGGCUCAAACACCUCACACUGUGUGUAUAGUAUCAGUCUUUUGGACAUCAGGUUCUUUUUGAACGGGCUGCUGGUGAGGAUACUGUCCACUCUGUAAUGUCGAUGAGGCCGAGGGUAGUUUUAGAAUCGCCAGCUGCCGCGAGUUCCAUUCCUGUGUCUGGUCUGGAGGCUAAAUUGAUAAUUAGCUCAGCCACAAAUACACCCCUCCCCCCUCCCCAACCACAGAAAUCAUACCGAGCACAGGAACACACAUGCACACACACUUACAAAUAUAUCUUACAUAUGCACACACACACAAACACUCACAAUUAGACCGCGGCGCACACAUGCACACAUCCCCCAACCGGCCCCACAGUAAUCACACUUAGCACAACACAUACACACACAGGUCCUACUAUUUGGCUUUUCUUGUGCUCUAGGGCACAGUGGCUAGUAGCUGGCUUGUGUGUGUGUGCUUGUGUGUUGUGUGUGUUACUCUGUAAUUACCUCAAAGGGCUCCUGCCCCCCACCAGAAGCAGCCCCUUGCCUUAAUCUCCAGUCUUAAUUCGCCUCCAUUCACACCCAAACCAAGAAAUGAUGAAAAUCUCCAAACAAGGCAGAGGUAUGCCUUUGAAAUCCGAGGCUGCGCCACACACAUCUCACAUCUCCCCUAAUCAACACGCCUGGUAGACUUCCAUGGCUUUUGUGAUGAACAUGGGUAAUUUAGUCCUUUUACAUUCCAUAGGCCUUGCGCUAUUAGUACUCGGUAGCAUUUCUUUCUCCCUCUCUUUUUAUGUUUUUCCCCCUCAAGAAAGCCCCGCUGUUGGAGUAAAUAUCUGAACAGGGUCUGUGUUUGUAAUCAUCUCCAUCAGACAGGGGCCCCGGUUCGCCUCCUAAAGAACAUUUCUCAACCCUAACCAAGCUCUUGGCAUCGCCCGAGGAAGGGAUGCUACUUUUAGCUUUGGCCGGGCUAGCCGAAGCCUCUUUAUAGCAAGAGAGGCUGUCGGUCCAAUAAACUUGGGACUAAGAAACAAACCGUCCAAAGUGAAUGAGAGUGGACGAAAGAGGUGGUGCUCUCAUUUUGAUAUCAUAUGCCGAGGCCGGAUUCCCUCUCGUUUGAUAACCGCAGCCUAGCAGUGCUCUGGCACACACCUUGGCAGCGCAGUGUUGUGGUGAGGCGAACGGGGGAACCGAGUUAGCUCAAAAGCGCGCCCCCAACAUGAAAGAGGUGCCCCUCGCCGGGCCUCAACUGGUGACGCAAUCGACCACACUUCUGGUCUUGCUCGACGCUAAAGGGGGCUGUAAGUCGUAAGUCUCCUAGCUGGAAUUAAUUUAACCUACCCUCAAUAUAAAUAAAGUGAGACUUCAGAACAGUUUUUAUCACUUUUGUUCUUGAAGGCAUUAUUUUUUGGAGGCGUGGGGGGUUGUUGGUUAAUUGCAUACAGAAGUAGGGAGAUUUUGACUCUGAGCCAUGACACGCUUCUACCUUAGCAAUGGCCCAUUGAGUGCGUGCCAUGUGCAGGUUGGUUUGUUGGUCUCUGUGUACAUUAUACCACUCCAAAAGUAGUGGUAUCAUUCAUUACAUUGCUUAGCCAAAACUUCUCAAAAACCUUGAAAAGUUUAUUUUGGUUAGAAGAGCGUGUUGUUUUGUGGAACAUCUUUGGUCCGCUAAGUACUGUGUGUUGUGUUAGCGUAGCCAAACACAAUGUGCCAGAAAGUGGUGAUGUUUUCUAAUGUAAAGCUUGGGCGGAUAUUCCUCCCAUGCAGUGUAGUCGUGGGUCGUGUUCAUUAUGCACCAAGCGGAAGAAAACGGACCAAAACAGGGAGGGGCUAUCUGAAGCUGUCCAAUAAGAAAUGCACAUUUUCAGUUGCAAAACGUUGUCCGUUGCGUGCCCUAAUGAACAGGACCCUGUCCUGACUCGUGUUUGGUUUGGUCUUUUCUCUCAGAAUGCCACCGACAGCUCGUCCAACUCCUCCCACUCCCAGAAGAAGGAGCCCGCCCUGCAGCUGCAGACCCUGGCUCCGCCCAGCUUCUGCGAGCCGCGCCUGCACCACUGCAUCCUGGGCCACUUCUACGACCAGCACCGACCCUCGGACCACUACUUCCUGGAUCAGGUGGGUGGCUGGGGGACGACGGUGGCGAAGGUGGGUCACCAAAACUUUGAUCUUUAAAAAAAAAAUAAUAUGUAUUGGAGCUAGAGGGUUGUGGCUACAUUUUACUACAAUGGGUAGGUGAGGGGAAUGAGUGUAAGUGUUCUUGAAGCAUAAACUAUGGUGGUAGUGUGAUAAUGUAUUUUCAAGUUGAGAAUAUCUAGAUAGGCCUGGAAGUUGACUGCUUGUUGGAAGACGUUUAGAUGCCCCAUGUUAGUUUUGUAGUUUGUAGACUGGUCUGUGUAGUUCUCAUCGUUUUUGCUCUCCUUUACCUCUGCAGUCGGUUCCCAUGUUCCCACGCCACGUCAGCUUCCAGGUGGAGGAGGAGGAGAUCGUGCGAAUCAACCCUCGCGAGCGGACCUGGCUGACUGGGUACGAGGACUACCGGCACGCCACCGCAACGCGCGACAAGCUCAUCCAGCAUCCCGAGGACACCGACGCAUACGUGCACUUCGCCAAGAGCGAGCCGCCCAAGCACGACUACACCUACCCUUACCCCCUGGGCCUUGAUCCCCACCAGCACGCAAGGGACCCCAAGAUAGGCUGCAUGGAACGACUAGGUGGGGGCGGCCUUAGCUGCGGACACAGGGCGGUGGUCACAGCCCAGCCCCGCACCCUCCAGCUCAAGGGCAAGCGGCGGAAGGAAGACGGCGAGCGCUCGCGCUGCGUCUACUGCCGGGACAUGUUCAACCACGAGGAGAACAGGCGUGGGCGCUGCCAGGAGGCGCCGGACCCCAUCCAGACGUGCAUCCACCGGGUCAGCUUCAUGUGGUGCGCGGACAGCCUUCUCUACCACUGCAUGUCGGACCCGGAGGGCGACUACUCGGACCCGUGCUCGUGUGACACCAGCGACGAGCGCUUCUGCCUGCGCUGGCUUGCCCUGGUUGGGCUGUCGCUGCUGGCCCCCUGCAUGUGCUGCUACGCCCCCCUGCGCGCCUGCUACCGCUGCGGGGUGGCCUGCCACUGCUGCGGGGGCAAGCACAAAGCCGUGGGCUGAGGGCCCGGAGGUGCCAGCGGAGAGAAAGAGAGAGGGCAGAGUGGAGAGUAGAACAGUGACUCAUGGAAGGGACCGGAAGAGGGUGGCCCGCUAUUCUUUUGUUUUGUGUUUUUUGUUUUCGUUGUUGUUGUGUCUCUCGGCCAAAUUCCAGAUGGGAAAACAAUUGGCUUGUCCCGAUUCUUUUCGAAAUGGAAGUUUCUGUUGGUGGAAAGAAAGGAAAAAAAAUAGUUUCCUAUUGUUUUUUUAUUUUAUUGUUUUUUAUAGGGGUACCAUGCCUACGGCUUCAACGUCUUGCAUUACAAAGACUAAAACAACGAAUAUUCAUUUAUAUAUAAAUAUAUAUAAACAGGUACUUUAUAUUUUUACACUCGUGUUGUAAAGGCUUGAAUAUUUUUCUUUUUCUCAGUGUUUUGUGAGGUCAGUGUGAGCGUUGUUUUCUGAGGGGGGUUCUCACUUUGUGUUCCCCUCGCCAUGGCUCACCACCAAUCACAGAUCAAGCUGGUUCCCGCCUGUAAAGCAGAGGCACUUAAAUCAAGGAUGUGUCCUAAAUGGCCCCUUAUUCCUUAUAAAGUGCACUACUUUUGACCA